AUGACAUCCGAAAGAAAUACUUCGAAUUGUGAACGUUUUAUACAGUCACCUGAAUUAUCAGCUAAUACUCUGUCUAUAUCAUCGACAAUUGAUGAAUACAACGAAAAUGAAUUAAGCCAACAGCUUCGGACAACAGACGUAACAGUCAAUUUAUUUGAUUGUAUGCAAUGUUACGUUAAAAUUCCUCGAUGUAAGAUUGAAGAUCACAUACCUGAUUUUAAUCUAAACAGCCAAACGAAUGUUGAUCCUGGACUACAAGAAUACCGAGAAGAACAAGAAAUAGUAUCACAAAUACAAAUAAAUCAAACGAUAUCAGAGUCUACACAAGAAGAAGAAGAAGAAGAAUACGUUCCGUUGAAUUAUAUAGACGAUUAUAAUCCAAUGAAUACUAUGAUUAUUAUUGAUUUACCAUGGCCACAAAAUACAGAAUGA